UCAGGGUUUCCUGAGAUGACGUGUACUGUUGUCAAUCUGUCUCUUACACUGACUGUUGUCUUUUGUCCUUUCUCUCAACUUAUAGGACUGGUGUGUGACACACUUCAGGUGGUGGCGGAUGAGUCGUGGAAGGAGCACAUGAAAAUGGCGAGCCAAGAGGAGUCUGUGAGGGAGUUCGUCGCUGUCACUGAUGUGGAUGAGGAGCGGGCCCGUUUUUUCUUGGAGUCCGCCGGCUGGAAUUUGCAGCUUGCACUCGCCAGUUUCUUUGAGGAUGGAGCUGAUGAUGACAUAGUGACACUUCCUCAGCCUGAGGGAGGCUCCUCAGUGUCCAGGUCUGCAGGGCCAAGCACUCAGCCGAGAGUGACCUCCUUCAGAGAUCUGAUGCAUGAGGCAGAGGAGGAAAGUGAUGAGGAGGAAGGCCAGAGGUUUUUUGCAGGGGGAUCAGAGCGCAGCGGGCAACAGAUUGUUGGGCCUCCCAAGAAGAAGAGCUCCCAUGAAGUGGUGGAGGACCUGUUCAAGGGGGCCAGAGAACAUGGAGCUGUUCCUCUAGACCGGAGUGGGAAAGGGCUAGGAGAACCAAGCAAAGCCAGGGCCUUUGUAGGUGGCGGUUAUAGACUAGGAGCAGCUCCCGAGGAGGAGUCCACCUAUGUGGCCGGAGAAAGGCAAGCUUCCAACAGCCAGCAGGAUCAAACUGCAGAAGGGGGGGAGAAAAGGACAACAAAACCCACUAGAACAAGCGACAUAAAGGUACAUGUGGUGCUUAAGCUGUGGAAGACGGGUUUCAGUCUGAAUAAUGGUGACCUCAGAAACUACAACGAUCCUGGAAAUGCCAACUUCCUUGAGGCUAUCAGAAGAGGGGAGAUUCCACUGGAGUUGCGGCAGCGGUCUCGAGGGGGCCAGGUCAACCUGGACAUGGAGGACCACAGAGAUGAGGACUUCUCCAAACUCAAGUUGGUCUUCAAGGCCUUUGAAGGUGAAGGACAGAAGUUGGGAAGUGCCACCCCAGAGUUGAUUUCAACUCCUGACACCUCCCAGCAGGACCAGGCUGCCAAUGAGGCCCAGGCCAGUGCCUCUGUGACCCUAGACCCCGCCCAGCCUGUUACCAACAUUCAGAUCCGACUGGCCGACGGUGGCAGGCUGGUCCAGAAGUUCAACCAUACCCACAGGGUGUCCGAUCUGCGUCAGUUUGUGGCGGCAGGCCCCGCCAUGGCCGCCAGAGAGUUUGUUCUCAUGACCACCUUCCCCAACAAGGAGCUGUCGGAUGAGAGCCAAACAUUGCAACAGGCCAACCUCCUCAACGCCGUCAUCGUUCAGCGGCUAAAGUGAAGGGGAGUAUGAGGUCAAGCUCCUCCCAGUGGUGUGGCUAGCUAACAGCCUGGCGAAACCUGCUGCUCCUCCUUAGGGAGGGGAAAAAAUGGACUUAUGUACGGACUUCUGAUUUUUGAUUAUCUACCU